AUGAGAUAUGUUGGUGGCGAUAGAAGAAUGAUAAUAGUUGAUACAAAAGUUGAUUUUGAAGGAUUGGUCGAGAAAAUAUGCUAUCGUUUAAGAAUCAACCAAAGGCGAUCAAAUAUUCGUAUAUAUACGAAUAAUGAUUUGGCAAUGCUUGGAAACCUUGUCUCGGAAGAUGAAGAAUUGGGUAAUCGCAAUGAUGAUGAUGAUGAUGAUAAUUAUGAUGAGAAUGAAGAUGUUGAGGAAGAGUUUGAUAGGUUUAUGAAUGUUAACGAGAUGAAUAAAAUUCUUGAGGAAGAAUUUGAGUUGCCUGGUGAAGAAAACAUUGAAAGAAGUCCAAGUAAUUUUUGUAAUGUCAAGGAUGACUCUAACAUGAUCCCUUAUAGUUGGGUUGAUCAUGGAACAUCCCCAUUCUAUGUGAGUAUUAGGAAGUUGAAGUUUGAAACAGGUUUUGGUUUUUCAGGGUAUUGGGGUGCUAAGAAAGGCUUUUUAGAGGGUUGUCGUCGUUUUAUAGGGGUUGAUGGAUGCCAUCUGAAGGGGCAUUUUGGGGGAGUCCUGCUGUCUGCUGUAGCGAUUGAUGCGAACAGUGGGAUAUUCCCAUUGGCAAUCUGUGUUUGUGAAGUAGAAAACAAUGAUAGUUGGGGUUACUUUCUGGGGAUGUUGAAAGAAUUCAUGGGUGAUGUCUUGCCUAUCACUUUCAUGAGUGAUAGGCAAAAGGGAAUAAUACAUGCCUUGCAAACUCAGUGGCCUAAUGCAAAGAGUAGAUUUUGUGCAAGACAUGUAUAUGCGAAUUUCAGGAAAACUUUCCCUGGGGUACAUCUUCGAAAUCUGUUUUGGGCUAUUUCUAGAGCAUCAAAUAAAGUGGAUUUUCAUGAGGCAUUAAAUAAAAUGAAGGCAGUGGAUGAAACUGCUUACAAGUGGGUAAUUGACAAUGAGCCAGAUCAAUGGUCUAGAUUUGGCUUUGACACUGAAGCCAAAUCUGACCAUAUCACAAAUAAUAUGUCUGAAACAUUUAAUAGUUGGCUUGGAGAAGGUCGGGAGCUGCCUAUUCUCAGUUUGUUGGAGUUGUAUCGAAGAAGAAUAAUGAAGAGACUUUAUAGUAGGCUGAAGGCAGGGACUGAAUGGGUCACUCCAUUGCCCCCACUUGUUGUUAAAAAAUUGAACAAAAGUAUUGAGACAGCUCGAAAUGUCUCUAUUUCAUAUGCUGGACUGCAAGAGUUCGAGGUGAUUGAUAUGAAUGGUAUUCCAAGCAAAACAUACACCUUGAAUUUGGACAAAAGAAUCUGUGAUUGUGGGAUGUGGCAGCUGUCUGGGAUUCCCUGCCAACAUGCAAUCUGCUCAAUAUUGCACAUGAACUUCCCUACCAUUGAUAAGUUUGUAGAUGACAGGUUGCAAAUUUCAGCAUAUAUGAGAACAUAUGCUGAAAUUAUUCAUCCUAUUCCAGACAAGAGAACCUGGCCAGAGGAAUGUGAAGAUAAGCUGCAGCCACCUGUUAGGCAUGGCAAAGCUGGCAGGCCCAGAAAGGCUAGGAGGAAAGACCCCACUGAAGAGAGAAAGAGAAAACCUAUGUCUACACUUAGGUGUAGUCACUGCCAUGAAUUGGGGCACAACAAAAGGUCCUGCCAAUACAAUCCAAACAAUGCAGGAAGACCCAAAAAAAAUAGAAGAACAAUCCCAACCAUGGAAAGCCAGUCAGCUAAAAGUCAGUUUGGUUCAUCUUCUUCCUCACAGCAUCCAGAGUCACAGAUACAAUGA